AUGGCUUCUCUCGCUCCCGGUCGUUGCUGCUCCAUGGGAGCCCUGCACGAAGGAACUCCAAAUGGAAGCUCCAUCGUGAUUGACGAUCACCUCGAGGCCUAUCUGGCAGUGCCUCCAAAGAGCAUAGAUUCGCAGAAUAUAGGCCUUCUCUAUAUACCUGACAUUCUGGGCAUUUGGCAGAACUCGAAGCUCAUGGCAGAUCUCUUUGCUACGCAAGGCUAUACCUGUCUCGUUUUGGACAUCUUCAAUGGAGAUCCGGCGCCGUUGGAAAUGCCAGAGGACUUCGACAUCAUGGACUGGUUAUCCCAUGGGUCGAACGGAAACAACCCCCACACGCCGGAAGCCAUUGAUCCUAUCAUCUUGAAAGGAUUGGCUCACCUGAAGUAUCUUGGGUUAGCUCGUAUUUGUGCUGUGGGAUAUUGCCUGGGAGCCAAGGUAAGGGCGAUUCAGCAGCUUCCACCUCUGAAAAUUUCCUUCUCUACGCUAGCCAUGUCUAACAGUACACCAAUGGCAUCGAAUGUGGCUUCAUUGCUCAUCCAUCUUUUGUUGACUCCCGAUGAGCUAGCCGCCAUCUCUGGACCGCUUUCAAUUGCUGCAGCAGAGAAUGAUGACAUCUUCACGGCAGAAAAGCGCCAUGAAUCGGAGGGAAUUCUAGCCAAGACAAAUCACCGUUACCAGAUCAAUCUGUUCUCUGGGGUGGAACAUGGCUUUGCGGUGAGGGGAGAUCCUUCAGUGAAAGCAGAACGUUUUGCCAAGGACCAGGCAUUUUUGCAAGCAGCUGCCUGGUUUGGGGAUUACUUUGGUACUCUUUAA